AUGUCACGGUCGAUGCGGAGUGCUGCAAGUUCAGUCAAGCGGAAGAAUUCGGUGACGUUGUUGGCCGUAGUCCAGUUGUUGUCUGAUGCACCAUUUAUGGUCAGUUUCUCGGACAUGGAAACUUUGUUAGCGGCUGGUCAGGCGAGUGCGAAAGUGAAGGUUCCUGUACGUUCUUCGAUUUUAUGUCCGUCUAUGAUGGAGUCUUCUUUCCCUACUGGAACCUAUACGGAGAGGAAUAAGGGUCUGAUUGUUAACUGUGGAGAGAUGGAGGAGGUGUUGUCGGCAGUGACUCGGGGUGUUCCUCGAAGAAAGGUAACUUGGUGGUGUCGGCGAUUGAGCAAAGGUCAAGUCGUCGCAAAUGACUUCGGGAUCACAAACAGCAGGGGCGAGAAGUUGGUGGCAAUUGUGCCCCUCAAGACACAGCCAAAGAAGUCCGGCUGUCCGGGGUCUGGUUACCGGGUAUGUGGCUGCAAGCUUGUAUUCCACGCUCUGGGUGACUUGCCCACGCAGAACAGUCGAUUGGGGUUACAGCAGAAACUGCAGGAAGACGGCUUUCGCUCACCGUCUGGCAUCGUUUCCCUUCUGGACUACGAAUUUACGGUCGACUACCGGAUCAACGGCACAGAGAACCUGCCCUGCUCGGGUCUUAGCAUCAUUGCACCAGUGCUCGACUACGCAAUUCGCUGCAUGAAAAAACCGCCCGAUUUGAGACGUGCGAUACGUCUCGGAACCGGUGCCUUAGAGUCGUAUGUGCCGGAUGCGCAAAUAUGGCCGCUAGAAAUGCUCGAGCAGAGAGUUAAUCGGCAGUUCGAUUACGACGAAGCAAAGACAAACGAACAACUUCUCAUGAGACACCUCCGGACCGCGAAAAGGUACGAGUGCCUGUCGAGGUGUCCGAAACUGCGGGACCACAUCUCCCUCGCUGGCUGGGAUGCCGAGUCGCACUCCGCAGACGCCCUUAACAUGCACCGUUUUGCUUCUGCUUGUCUCCGUUGGGUCGUGCCCAACUCGGAGCUGCAAAACGCCAUCAUCGAAGCUUUGAACGACGGCUGGGACAGCCCUGAGAAGGCACCCGGCCUGCUGAACGACAUCAUCUUUGGUGAACAAGGGACCAGUUGUUAG